AUGAAAACUGAUCAAGAUAAUACAAUGGAAAGUUCUAUUGUGAAAGAAAAAAAGGAUAAAUUUUUUAACACCUCAUUUAAAUAUGUAUUAUCUGCAUGCAUUGCAUCUUUUAUAUUUGGAUAUCAAGUUAGUGUUUUGAAUACUAUAAAAAAUUUUAUAGUUGUAGAAUUUGAAUGGUGUAAAGGUGCAGAUAGAUUAAAUUGUGAUACAAACACAAUACAGAGUUCCUUUUUAUUAGCAUCAGUUUUUAUUGGUGCAGUUAUUGGUAGUGGGUUUUCCGGUUACUUAGUACAGUUUGGUAGAAGAUUUUCUUUAUUAGUAAUAUAUAAUUUUUUCGUUAUUGUAAGUAUAUUAACAUCAAUAACUCAUCAUUUCCAUACAAUCUUAUUUGCACGUCUUCUAAGUGGAUUUGGUGUUGGUUUAAUUACCGUUAGUGUUCCUAUGUAUAUAUCAGAAAUGACACAUAAAGAUAAAAAAGGUGCAUAUGGUGUUUUACAUCAAUUAUUUAUUACAUUUGGUAUUUUUAUCGCUGUAUUAUUGGGAUUAGCUUUAGGUAGUGGACCUAAUGCAAAGUCAAAGGAUCCCUUAUCUGAUUUUGAAAAAAUAUGGUGGAGGUUAAUGUUUCUUUUUCCUUCUUUUAUGUCAUUAUUUGGUAUUUUCUUAUUAGUUGUUUUUUUUAAGGAAGAAACUCCUUACUACUUAUUUGAACAUGGAAAAGUAGAAGAAUCAAAAAAAAUUUUAAAAAAAAUAUAUGGAACUGAAGAUGUUGAUGAGCCUUUAAAAGCAAUUCAAGAUGCUAUUGAACAAAAUGAAGCUGCAAAAAGAAAUUCUUUAUCUUUAUUAGCCGCAUUAAAAAUACCAUCUUAUAGAUAUGUUAUAUUAUUAGGUUGUAUUUUAUCAGGAUUUCAACAAUUAACAGGUAUUAAUGUUUUAGUUGCCAACUCUAAUGAAUUAUACAAAGAAUUUUUAAAUGAUAAUUUAAUAACUAUUUUAAGUGUUAUCAUGACAGCAGUUAAUUUCUUAAUGACAUUCCCAGCCAUUUAUAUUGUUGAAAAGCUAGGAAGAAAAACUUUAUUAUUAUGGGGAUGUGUUGGUGUUAUUAUUGCAUAUCUUCCAACAGCAAUAGCAAACGAAAUUGAUAAAAACGCAAAAUUUGUAAAAGUACUUUCUAUAGUUGCAACAUUUAUUAUGAUUAUUUCUUUUGCAGUCUCAUAUGGACCAGUAUUAUGGAUUUAUUUACAUGAAAUGUUUCCAUCCGAAAUUAAAGAUAGUGCAGCAAGUUUGGCUUCUUUAAUAAACUGGUUGUGUGCAAUUAUUGUUGUAUUUCCAUCAGAUGUUAUUAUAAAAAAAUCUCCUUCAGUUCUUUUUAUUAUUUUUGCAAUUAUGUCUAUUAUAUCAUUCUUGUUCAUAUUAUUUUUUGUUAAAGAAACCAAAGGAAAUGAAAUAGGAACAAGUCCAUAUAUUUCAAUGGAAGAAAGACAAAAAUAUAUGGUUAAAGCCGCUGUUUAA